UUCUCAAACAACUUCAAUUUACAUAUAGUUUCAAACAGAGAUUGCUAAAAUUAGGUCAUUCUGAUUUGUUUGAGAUAAUCACAAAUCUACUCUGUCUCAAUUCAAUAGGUUUCGGGUUGUGAUUAAUUUUGACGGAAGUUGAUAUAGAAUUUUUGUUCAUCAGAAACCAGAAAACUUCGAAAAGUUUUCUGGUUUCUGAAAUGGGAUUUUGUUGAUUUGAUGAGGAUAUUGAGCUUUAAUGGUUUGGGUUUAUUUUUGAAAAUUUAAAAGCUGCAUGGAUUGCUGAGGAUAAGAAACAAUUCCCCUGUGCAUUUUGUUGGGUAUAAUCAAGAGGAAACUGGAAAGAUGUUGAGGUGUUUACCAUGUUGUUUCAAGGCAGAGGAAGUCAGGAAAUCAUUUAAGAAAAACAAGAUUGAUCAGAAACAGAGGAGUGCUUUAGCAUCAUUUGUGGAGAGAAUCUCUUUCAAAUCCAGUAACAGUGGCAAGCAGAUUAUAACAGAUGAGAUACUAAAGCUUGGUGGGAAUGGCAAUAUUGCUUCCAAGACGUUUACGUUUCGAGAAUUAGCAACUGCAACCAAGAACUUCAAACCAGAAUGUUUAGUUGGUGAAGGCGGUUUUGGAAGAGUUUAUAAGGGAUUCAUUGACAACAUAAAUCAGGUUGUAGCUGUUAAGCAACUUGAUCGGAAUGGACUGCAAGGUAAUAGAGAGUUCCUUGUCGAAGUUUUGAUGCUGAGUCUACUCCAUCAUCAAAACCUCGUAAACUUGAUAGGUUAUUGCGCUGAUGGAGAACAAAGAAUUUUGGUUUACGAGUACAUGGCAUUGGGCUCUUUGGAAGAUCAUCUUCUUGAUGUGCCUCCCAAUAGGCAGCCCUUGGAUUGGGGUACUAGAAUGAAAAUAGCUCAAGGUGCUGCCAGAGGGCUGGAGUACUUGCAUGACAAAGCUAGUCCACCAGUAAUUUAUCGCGAUUUCAAGGCAUCGAAUAUACUCUUAGACGAGGAUUACAACCCAAAGCUGUCUGAUUUCGGCCUAGCCAAGUUAGGUCCAACUGGUGAUAAGAGCCAUGUUUCCACAAGGGUUAUGGGAACAUAUGGUUAUUGUGCACCUGAGUACGCAAUGACGGGUCAGUUAACAACCAUGUCUGAUGUAUAUAGCUUCGGUGUCGUGUUUCUCGAGAUAAUUACUGGAAGAAGAGCUAUCGACACUUCAAAACCGACAGAUGAGCAAAAUCUUGUUACCUGGGCACAGCCACUGUUUAAAGACAAGAACAAGUUCACAUUAAUGGCUGAUCCUAGACUGGAGGGGAAUUUCCCAGUUAAGGGUUUGUACCAAGCUCUUGCAGUGGCAGCUAUGUGUCUCCAAGAAGAAGCAGCUACCCGACCGUUAAUUACUGAUGUAGUGACCGCUCUCGAGUACUUAUCAGUACCAAAGAAUGACAACGAUGAGGAAACCCCAAAAUCUCAAUGUACUGAUAGAAGUAGCUUGGAAGAUGUUAGAUCAAACUGCGACGGCACCACUGAAAAACACUCAAAUGUUGAAGCGAAUGAACUAUAAUAGGGCUGUAGCAAUUGUAAACUCGAAAACCUGAAUUUUUUUUUUCCAAGAGGUGUUCAUAUUUUUGUGUGAUACGAAUCAUACGAUGGUUCUUAUAGUUCAUGUGAACAAUGCAUAGAAUUAUAUGAACAAAAACACAGAAGACGGCUAACAACCUCUUCUGGGUAUUGUUAGUGUACCUGAACUUUGGUGAUCAACAAAUGAUCCAUGAGUUGUGCUUCUCAUAAGGCGUUCCUUAUGCCAAAAUCGUAACAUUAAUCAAAUUAAACGUUUGGAAAA